AGCCUACCGGCGGCGGCGGGAGCGGUCUCCGCCGACCCACGGAGGAUGGAGGAGCGCCAUAUUGCGGCUGGCUGAGCGGAGGGAGGGGAAGUCUGCGGCUGCGAGCGCCGAACCGUCGUGCGAGCCUCACCUCGUCUCCAAAAUCCGGAAGACGCGGCGAGCACAGGUCUCUUCUCUGGAAACAGUUUUACACCACAGAUUCUCGCAUAGAGCCGGGAAAAGGACAGAAAAUGCCCAAAGCGGUCAAUGUUCGCGUCACCACCAUGGACGCUGAGCUGGAGUUCGCCAUCCAGCCCAGCACCACUGGCAAGCAGCUGUUUGACCAGGUGGUGAAAACCAUCGGCCUACGUGAGGUCUGGUAUUUUGGACUUCAGUAUAUGGACGGCAAAGGCUAUUACACCUGGCUGAAACUGGACAAAAAGGUGUCGUCGCAGGACGUGAAGAAGGAGAACCCGCUGCAGUUCAAGUUCCGGGCCAAGUUCUUCCCGGAGGACGUGGCGGAGGAGCUGAUCCAGGACAUCACGCAGAAGCUCUUCUUCCUGCAGGUGAAGGAGAGCAUCCUGAGCGACGAGGUCUACUGCCCCCCGGAGACGGCCGUGCUGCUGGCCUCCUACGCCGUCCAGGCCAAGUUCGGCGACUACAACAAGGAAAUCCACCGCUCUGGAUACCUGCUGUCUGAGCAGCUGCUGCCGCACAGGGUCCUGGAGCAGCACAAGCUAUCCAAAGAGCAGUGGGAGGAAAGGAUCCAGGUGUGGCACGAGGAGCACGGCGGAAUGCUGAAGGAGGACGCGAUGCUGGAGUACCUGAAGAUCGCCCAGGACCUGGAAAUGUACGGCGUCAACUACUUCGACAUCAAGAACAAGAAGGGCACGGAGCUGUGGCUGGGGGUGGACGCGCUGGGCCUCAACAUCUACGAGAAGAACGACAAACUGACUCCAAAGAUCGGUUUCCCCUGGAGCGAGAUCAGAAACAUUUCCUUCAACGAUAAGAAGUUCAUCAUCAAACCCAUUGACAAAAAGUCUCCGGACUUCGUGUUUUACGCCCCGAGGCUGCGCAUCAACAAGCGCAUCCUGCAGCUGUGCAUGGGCAACCACGAGCUGUACAUGCGCCGCCGCAAGCCCGACACCAUCGAGGUGCAGCAGAUGAAGGCCCAGGCCCGCGAGGAGAAGCAGCAGAAGCAGAUGGAGAGGGCCCAGCUGGAGAACGAGAAGAAGAGGAGGGAGGCCAUCGAGAGGGAGAAGGAGCAGAUGGAGCAGGAGAAGAGGGACCUGAUGAUAAGGCUCUUCCAGUUUGAAGAGAAGACCAAGAAGGCGGAGAAAGAGCUGCAGGACCAGUACCAGAGAGCCAUGAUGCUGGAGCAGGAGCGGAGGAGAGCGGCGGACGAGGCGGCUCGCCUGGAGGCCGAGCGCCAGGCGGCCCUGCUGGCCAAGGAGGAGCUGGCCCGGCACGCCGAGGACCAGAAGAAGAGCCAGGAGCAGCUGGCUGCAGAGCUGGCGGAGCACACGGCCAAAAUCAGCCAGCUGGAGGACGCGUGGAGGCGCAAGGAGGCGGAGGCCAACACGUGGCAGAUGAAGGCCAUGGAGGCCCAGGACGACCUGGUUAAGACCAAGGAGGAGCUGCACAUGGUGAUGGCGCCGCCGCCGCCCCCUCCCCCCCCUCCCUCCAUGUACGACAACCUGGAGGACACCAGCGACAGCGAGGAGAACGCCAGCACGCACAGCGCCGACCUGCCCAUGGAGGGCUUCAACGACCACCGCAACGAGGAGGAGCGGCUGACGGAGGCCGAGAAGAACGAGCGCGUCCAGAAGCAGCUGAAGGCGCUGACCUCAGAGCUGGCGCAGGCGCGCGACGAGUCCAAGAACACGGCGAACGACCUCCUGCACUUCGAGAACGCGAGGGCAGGAAGAGACAAAUACAAGACCCUGCGGCAGAUCCGGCAGGGCAACACCAAGCAGAGGAUCGACGAGUUCGAAGCCUUAUAGGAAGCCGCCGGGCCCGUUCUGAACGCUCGCUACCCUCCCACCGCCGGACUCGCGUCAACGCGCAACAUCAGCCGCAGACGAAGCGGGUGCAGCGCCGGCACCACAUGAGCUCCAGCGGAAAACUUAGUGCCAAAAUCUUCUCCCUUUUUAGUUUUUCGACCCUUCUUUGUGUAUUUGAUUGUGUAUAAUUUGAUCAAGUCAGACCAAAUAAAGUAGCGGGACUAGCCAGACGUUAUCACUGAUCCGUUCCGUGCACAUAGAUUCUUUGUAGCGCCCGCUUCCUUUUGAUUCCUGUCAUUUGUUUGUAGCGAUCACUCAAAGUAGGAGCGCGUUUGAGCAGAGGAGCGUAUGUUUUCAUUAUAUUUAGACACUACCAUGUAUGUUUAUUGUUGCUAUACGGUAGCUAAAUCUCACCUAGUUGGAUAUUUAUACUGUAUAUGGGACAAUUUAAUGGGGAUUUCAUCUUGGUUUGUAUAUUUUUGCUGUUUUGCGACAUCUAAUGAUAAACAGAACACCUAAUGUUUCAGAGGUUUUAUAUAUAUUGACCAUUAUAGCAGUUGAAUAUUUUUCUUCUUUUAGAUCAGUUAAUUAAAGAGAUUUACUUUACUAAAUUAUUAUUUUGUACUGUAGCAAUUAUUCAGCUGUUCCUGUCUGGGUACCAAGGAUGAGCGUGUUGCCCGGCCACUGGCAGCGUGUCACUUGGCUUUAUUAUAUUUUAAAUCUGCUCUGUCAGGUGACGUGUGCUUUGACCUUCUGCGUGGCCUUUCUCUCUGGCGACCCCAGUCAAAACCAUGGCGCCGUAGUCACAGAAAAACAUGGAUGCCCCGUUGAAAAACAUAAUGUUUUUAAUUGUAGGCCUCUGUUGAGGCCGAACGAGGGUUGAGGUGAGUGAGACAGAUUUCACUUUGCAGCGUGGUCACAUGGACAAACCCAGGCUCUAAACCACCACCGUCGCAUCCACUCUGGAGUAACUAACCUGAGUUCCACUGGCCUUUGUAUAUGAACCAGAUUUAAUUAUCAGGUGUUCAGUAUAUUGGCAAUAAAACAAUUUAUAAUAA